GAAAUUCGACUUGUCGCUCGACGUCGACUGGCACUGCAAGACUGCGAGACGAUGGCGAGUCCUCAGCUACUGUUCUGUCGCAACUGCAACAACCUCCUCUUUCCACGGGCAGAUGCGCAACGGCAGGAUCUCUUGUACCGGUGCAAGAACUGCCAGCACGAACAACAGUCACGCAAUCCUUGCGUCUACCACCACGACCUGUCAUUGCUAAGCAAGCAGACCGCAGGACAGACAGAGGACCUUCAGAAUGAUCCCACUCUGCCCAAGCAAACGAUCAAAUGCCCAAACCCGACGUGUCCUUCUGAAGAAGCCGUCUACUAUCAAGAUCAGAGCAUAGGCAAGGACAGAGGUCUGACGCUCUUUUACGUCUGUAUACGCUGUCAUGGGGUCUUCCGAGAUCCACAGCUAGACAUCAACAAGAAAGCAAAGGAGCGGCAAGCUCGUCGGGAUCUUGGUCUUGCCUCGCCUGACGAGAUGUCAUGACCGGUGGCUGACGCGCACUCCUGGACGUGCGCCGGCUGAAGACGCACACUCCUGAUCAUCGCAACCACUCGGCUCUACUGCAAAUCUGUACGGCACUGUUGUAGCACCAGAAGCCGCCUGUCGCGCAUGGCCAGC